AUGGCCUUCACAGAGCUGAGCAGUGUGAACUACCUGGAGUUGUACCGUGUGGCCGACCUGUUACACCUCCCCUCCUUAGAGGAGGCUGUGGUGGGCUUCCUGGUGGAGCAUCUGUCGGAGCUCAGCCAGAGCCGGCAGGACGAGGCUCUGCAGCUGCCCUACCGCCUCCUCAGGGAGGUGCUGAAGAGCGACCGCCUCACCUCCCUGAGUGAAGAGGAGAUAUGGAAGUUGGUUGUUCUGUGGUUGGAACACGACUGUCGCUACCAGUACACUGAGGAUCUUCUACAACAUGUCCGCUAUGGCCUAAUGGACGUCCCCACCCUGCACCACCUUGCCCGUAGCCACCGUCUGGUCCAGUCCAGCCCUACUGCUGCUGCCCUGGUGGAUGAGGCCCUGGACUACCAUCACGCCACCUUUGCACAGCCUCUCCACCAGUCAGCCCGCACUAGGCCUCGCUUCCAGUCCCUCACUCUCUACAUAGUUGGCGGGCGGAAGCGGGAGGUGAGCAGAGUCAGGGAGCUGCGGUACUUCAAUCCAGCUGCACUGGAGCAUGUACGUGUUGCAGGUGGGUCGAACUGGAGCGAACUGGCACCCAUGCCCACUGGACGCAGUCACCACUGUGUGGCCGUAAUGGGGAACUUCCUAUUUGUUGUGGGUGGUGAGGUGGAGCAUGCCACCGGGAGGACGUGUGCAGUAAGGGCCGCCUGUAGGUAUGACCCCAGGGGCAACAGGUGGACCGAGAUAGCCCCCAUGAAGGCCUGCAGAGAGCACUUUGUCCUGGGUGCUCUGGGUCAGUACCUGUAUGCAGUGGGGGGCAGGAACGAACUGAGGCAGGUGCUGCCCUCUGUGGAGCGCUACUGUCCCAAGAGAAACAAAUGGAUGUUUGUCCAACCUUUCGACCGCUCACUGUCCUGCCAUGCUGGCUGUGUGGCUGACAACCUGCUCUGGGUCUCAGGUGGGGUGACAAACACAGCCCAGUACCAGAAUCGACUGAUGGUAUACGACCCAGAACAGGACCAGUGGUUGGACCGGAGUCCCAUGUUGCAGAGGCGAGUUUACCAUGUCAUGGCAGCAGUGAGGAGACAGCUGUACGUCCUAGGUGGGAACGACCUGGAUUACAACAACGACCGCAUCCUCGUCCGCCACAUCGACUCCUACAACAUGGACCUGGACCAGUGGACACGCUGCUCCUUCAGCCUCCUCACAGGUCAAAAUGAGUCGGGAGUAGCCGUUCACGAUGACAGGAUCUAUGUGGUCGGAGGGUACUCCAUUUGGACCAACGAGCCUCUGGCAUGCAUUCAGGUGCUGGAUCUGAGCACACAGGGGAAGGAGGAGGUUUUCUACGGGCCAACACUUCCAUUUGCCUCCAAUGGGAUAGCAACUUGUUUCCUCCCUGCUCCUUACUUCACUUGCCCAAACCUACAGACUUUACAAGUUCCUCAUCACAGGAUAGGUACUGUUUAAAUCACUGAGGAACAAAAUUCCAUGAACACAUAAGUGGAUGGAGGAGCCUCAAGUCAACUCAACUCUGGACAGUCAGAAUUGACUGACAAACCACCUGAUCAUAGCAAUCAUCUGGAACCUGUUACAUUUGUAACAUGGCUGUACAGGGGUUUGUUUGA